AUGCCACCGAAAAGGAAAGCGAAAGAAAUUUCAAAAGACAAAGAUGACUCGGACUCAAGCGAGGAAGGCAUCUCUAACGAUGCUACUACGAAAUUAGAACCUGAACGCUAUAGAUAUGCAGAUCUUAUGGAUAAUUCUGAAGAUCAGGAUCGCUACCUCGAUGAUAACGAUUUAUUAGAUGUCGAAGACGUUAUGGUGGAGCCUACUCCUCUUGAAAAGAGGUUACGAGAGAAUGGUAGAUACAAUCAAGGAGAUUGGAGCAGUGAAGAGUUGAAGAAGUUGCAUGAUAGUAUCACAUCAUAUGGAACCACCUCAAAAGCUUUAAGCUAUAUCAGCGGAAUACUUGGAACUCGAUCAACGGAAGAAGUCGAAAUGAAAAUUAACGAAAUCCGUGAAAUGGUAGGAGAGCACAGAGUGGAGCGGCUGUCAGAUGAAGUAACGAAAUGGACCACCCUUGGUUACAAAAACAUACAUGCUCCAGCUAAACUUCAUUUUGUUGAAAAGUCAGGGAAAGCAGUUAAUGGAUGGCCGGCUGCCAUUGCGAGAAUCGACAAAAUGCGAAAAGGACUCGAUCCCUCUGUAAUGUCUAAGAUUAUUGCUAAAAAUUUUCAUAAGUUUGCUCCGAAAGAUAAAAUGGAAGUGCAGAUCACCAAGUCUGCCAUGUCUCCUCACUUCGAGAAAACUGCUGAAUUGAAUUGGGACAAGAUUACCGAUUAUAUGAAAAAAUUAUUCUCCGGAAGUACGAAACUGCCGGCUAUAAAUGCUAUUGAAUCUGCUGUCAUUUUAUCUGUAAUGGACGAAAUUGAGAGAGAGGCUGAUUACAUUCCUGAGAACUAUAGAGCAGUCAUAAAAGGACUCCUGGGAAACAUACAAAUUAAUGAUCUAAGAGAUUUUGAGCCAGAUAUUCCAUGUUCAGAACUAACGGCAGCCCAGAUUGUUUUUGAUCCGUUGAAAACCAGAAGUAAUGGGUUCCCUGAGGGAGGAAUUGCCAUAACUCAGGAUUUCAUUAAUCGCUCCUCCAAAGAACAACAGUUAAUGGAAAUUGAACCAGAUGGGACAGUGUGUGAAACGGAAGAUAUUUCACGAGUGGAAACUCCAGAACCAACGAUAGAGAAUCUUUAA